UGCCUUGUGUUUGUGUGAAUGUCUGUGAAUGUCUGUGAAUGUCUUUCUUGCGGGUUCUUUGGUGAGGGUUUCAAGGUUUUUUCAGCAUUGAUAAACAAAACAUUUUCUUGAUAAUAUAAUAGGAAGACCUAAUCCUUCCCUUUUUCUUUAUCCAUGAAAGUCAGUGUUCUGAUUCUGUACAAGAUUAGUUACUUUUAGUCCUGUAUUGGGCCGUUGGUCUGUAAAUGAUGAUCAAAUCCCGAGCAGUUUCUGUGUACCCAACUUUAAACCUUUAAAAAACAUCCAGUAACACCCACCCUUAGAUUUUAAGCAUUUUUUCUUAACAGAAAGAUGUUAGCUUUGAGCUCUGUUUUUACCUUGGUAAAGGGCCCAGGAACAGUGUGGAGAGACAAGACCCAUCGGGUUUCUUUCUUGUUUUGGGUACAAGAAUCAUGAAAUAGAGCAGAAACUCAUGCUCUUACUGAUACUCUUGUGGGAAUUUGUUGCUGUUUUUUCCUUUUUGUAAAUGAAGAACCCAAUAUUAGAGUGAGAAAAGAUUUGCUUUUGAUCUGAUUAGGCGGUGGGUAUAUAGUUCUUUUCGUCUUAGAUAUCUUGAAAAUGGCUUCUGGUCUUCAAACUCAAUGCAGAGUUCCUGAGAAAUUGAAGAAACAGCUUGCUCUUGCUGUGAGAAACAUCCAGUGGAGUUAUGCAAUCUUCUGGUCCAUUUCAGCUAGACAACCAGGGGUAUUGGAGUGGGGAGAUGGUUACUACAAUGGAGAUAUUAAGACAAGGAAAACAAUUCAAGCAGUAGAACUCAAUGCUGACGAACUGGGGUUGCAGAGGAGUGAGCAAUUGAGAGAACUUUAUGAGUCCCUCUCAGCUGGUGACAGCAAUCCACAAGCUAGAAGACCCUCUGCAGCAUUGUCUCCUGAAGAUCUCACAGAUACUGAGUGGUAUUACUUAGUGUGCAUGUCAUUUGUAUUCAACAUUGGGCAAGGGUUGCCAGGAAGAACUAUUGCCAAUGGUCAACCAAUCUGGCUUUACGAUGCUCAUCAUGCAGAUAGCAAAGUGUUCAGUCGCUCUCUGCUAGCGAAGAGUGCAUCUAUUCAGACUGUUGUAUGCUUUCCAUUUUUAGGAGGUGCAAUUGAGCUGGGAGUAACUGAAAUGGUUAUGGAGGACCUCAGUCUCAUCCAGCAUGUCAAAACUUCAUUCUUAGAUAUUCCACACCAUAUAGUUCUUAAUGAAUACAAUUUUCAUGUUGGGAGCACAGCAAAUGACAAUAAGCUCGCCUGUAUUGCACUUGAUACUCAGAUCCUCGAUACAAGUUUAAGUCCACUUGCAGGCUAUGAACAACUUGAAAUGGCUUCUACUGAUACCAGUUCAGAUGCACUUGAGCCAAACCAACCAGGAGAAGAUUCAUUUAUGGUUGAAGGAAUAAAUGGUGCACCUUCUCAAGUACAGAGUUGGCAUUUCAUGGAAGAAGAGUUCAGUAAUUGUGUCCAUCAUUCCUUGAAUUCUAGUGAUAGUAUAUCCCAAACCUUUGUGGAUCAUGGAAGAUUUGUUGUUCCUCCCAAAGCUGACAGAGAUAAUGAGAAUUGUCUGCAAGAAGUUCAAGAAUGCAAUCAGACUAAACUAACUUCUUUGGAUAUUCGAAACGAUGAUCUGCACUAUCAAAGUGUUCUGUCUUCCCUCUUAAAGACAUCACAUCAGCUGAUUCUGGGGCCACAUUUCCAGAACUGCAACAAGAAAUCCAGCUUUGUCAGCUGGAAGAGAGGUGGAUUGGCAAAUUCUCAGAAACCUAGAGAUGGAAAACCACAAAAGAUAUUGAAGAAGAUUCUGUUUGAAGUUCCUCGGAUGCAUGAUCUUGAGUUACUUGAAUCUCCUGAGAGAAACGGAGUUAAAGAUGCAGCUUGGAGGCCUGAGGCUGAUGAAAUUGCCACAAUCCAUGUAUUGUCGGAGAGGAAGCGGAGGGAAAAAUUAAAUGACCGAUUUAUGAUUCUCAAGUCACUAGUACCUUCAGUCAGUAAGGUUGACAAACUGUCUAUAUUAGAUGAUACAAUAGAGUACCUACAAGAGCUUGGGAGAAGGGUUGAAGUUCUGGAAUCAAGCAGAGAAUUAACAGAGUUCGAAGCAAGAACAAAAAGAAAACCUCAGGAUACAGUGGAGAGAACAUCAGAUAACUAUGGUAAUAACAGAAACAGUAAUGGGAAAAGGCCUUCAAUAAACAAGAGGAAGGCUUGUGAUAUUGAUGAAGCCGAACCAGAGAUGGACUACGUUGCCAUGAAAGAUGGUUCAACCGAUGAUGUUACUGUCACUGUGAACAAUAUGGAUGUUGUGAUUCAGAUUAGGUGUCCUUGGAAGGAAGGAAUUUUGCUUGAGAUGAUGGAUGCAGCGAGCCAUCUCCAUUUGGAUUGCCACUCAGUUCAGUCAUCUACAGCCGAAGGGACUCUCUCCAUCACUAUAAAAUCCAAGUACAAAGGAUCAAAAGUUGCAUCAGAAGCAAUGAUGAAGCAAGCACUAGAAAGAAUUGUUGGAAAAUGUUGAAGCAGUCUAACUGAAUAGUAUUUGAUUCAGCUGUAUAAACAUCUCUAGAAGUUUUAUGUAGACAAUAUAUCUGCCACAGACCCAAAGUUCUUGGGGAUUUUUUCCCUCCGGAGUAGUGAAAUAAAGGGAAGUAGGCUUUUUUUUUUUUGUUUUUUUUGCUUUGAACCUUGUAAUAUUUACCUGCCUUAUGUAACCCCUUUUUUGUAUUACAUCAGAAAAAAAAAAAAAAAUUUUA